AUGGAGGUGGUCAGGUCGCUCGUCUCGGACACGCCCGGUGUGUGGCGCGAGCUGACGACGCUCAAGCAGGCGUUUGUGGUGCUCAAGUUCGUCACCGACCUGACCUACUGCACCAUACCGCCGCUGACGUUUGCCAAGUCGCACAUGAGCAUCCGCACGCUCGUCUACGUGCCCCUGCUCGCCGUCUGCUACGUUGUGCCGGACGUGGCGAUCUUCUUCGCGCUGCCCAAGUCGGCGGAUUCGACGCAGACGCUCAUCGGCGUCCUGCUCAUCGUGUACAGCCUGCUCUUCUUCUGGUGGGCUCGCUUCCACAUGCUGAGCAAGUCGGCCCUCACAGCAUGCUUCAGCGCCGAUGAGCCUACGUUCCUCAUCACCACGGGCCCUUGGGCGUUCGUGAGGAAUCCGUUCUACUCGGCAUACCUCGCCACCAUGCUCGCCGGCUUCAUCGUCACGAGCUCCUCCAACCACCCGGACCACGACCAUCCCUACCUCGUCUCGCACGCUGGUGGCAUUGCCAUGUCCGCCUUCCUUGUGUCCUUCGCCAUCUACUACCACGCCAUCCGCGACGAAGAGGCCAAGUUCAGCGCGAGCAAGCUGCGCACCCAGCACGAGGCGUACAAGCGACGCGUGUGGGUGACAGAGUGGAGCGCAACCACCGGGGAGCAUUUGCUCUUUUUUCUCCUCUCGUCACCAAAGCGAGCCCGAAAGCAAAGCAGCAGAAGCUCGAGCAGCCAAACCAACACCAAAGAGAAGCAAGCCGACAUCCGAUCUCGGAUCAACGAGCAAGCAGCAGCCAGCAACGCAGCAGCAGCACCAGCAGCAGCACCAGCAGCAGCACGUCGACCCGACGCAUCCACGCCCGCAUCCUCGACACCACCGCGCCAUCCCUGCGCGCAAGGAGGCGCCCAUCGCCCACGGAGAGCGCGUGCACGUCGCGACGGCCUUCCUGCUCCUCAUUACGAUAAAGUCGGCCGCCUGGUGCGCAGCGAGAGCUCACCUGGACGCCGCAUCCCACGCGGGCACGGAGCAGCGCCAAGGUCGUCUUUGCCGUCCUUGCGUCGUCCUGGCUUCGCUUUCGCUCGACAUAGCUGCCUAGGCAUGCAAGCCUCCGCAUCGGUCUCCACUCCGACCUCCCAGCCAAACAUCGCUGGCACCGCCGCAUCCACCUCCGCCCAUGCUCCGCUGACCAUCGAUCCAACCGCGCUGCUGCUUCCGGGUCCAGCUGGUGCCCACCAAGCGUCCACAUCGACAUCACCGCUGCCACCCACACCACUGCACGCCGGCAACAAUGCCGCCCUCGCUACUGUCGCCGUCAAGCAGGAGCCCGAGGAUGACUCUGCCGCCGUCGCAGCGCACCCUUUGGCCAUCCCGGGCGCAUCCACGACCAAGCAAGAAGAGCUGCACCACGCCAAACCUGUUUCAUUCGUCGACGAGCUCCUUCAGCACGACCACAGAGCCAUCCUCCGCCCCGACCUCUCGCCAUUCGCAGACGCUCGCGACGCUGUCCGUCGCCUUUUGCCGUAUCAUGUCUGGAACAUUCCGCACCACGACCUCCUCCACUCGCUCGGCUUGAAACACGACCCCGUCCACGCCGAAGUCAGGCUUCGCAAACGCAGGCGCAUCGCUCAUCGUACUCAAACCUCACCAAAGAGCGAGCAGACCGACAACGACCUGCCGCAGUCCACUCUCAAAGCACCGGGCGACCCGGACAGCGAUGACGAUCUCAACGAGCUCGGCCUGCCCACGCCAUUGCCCACCGUACCGCUUCCGACCUUCCCGUCCCUUGACUAUGCCGAGUCGGUCUUGGCGCGGCGCGACAAGCUCGCCUCGCGCUUCCGCCGCACACUCACCGCGCUCGACAGCACACACCGACGCGCGCCCAACACGGGCAUCAUGCUCGAGCAGCUCGAACGACUCGCCUAUCUCGACGACCGCGAGCAGGUGCUCGCACAGAUCGACGAGCUCAAGGCGCUCAAAGCCAAGCUCGAGGCGUUGGAAGAAACCAAGGACAUCGACGUCGCCAGCUCGUCCGCCACAAUCAAGCUCAGCUUCGCCAUCACCGACGAGAUCGAGCGCGAGCGCGAAAAGGAGCGCGAGCUCGAGAGGAUCAAGCGUCAGCAGGAGAGGGCCGCGGCAAAGGCGGCAAAGCUCGAAAAGGAAAGAGAGGCGCGCCACCGCAUUGGCAUCUUUACGCCCCCACCAGAACCACCAAAGCCGCCAGCAUCGAGUGCGACAGGGCCAUCUGCUGCGGGCGCAUCAGCUUCGACGCCAGAUCUUCCGCUUGCGACACCGGCGAGUGGCGUGCCGCCCAUCGAUACCGGCAUCGCUUCGUCUAUUGCCACGCCCUCGUCGCUUCCGACGCCCGGGCCGUAUUCUGCGGUCGGCACACCAAUAGGCACUCCGGGCUUCCCCUUUCCCCCCGGCGCCUCCUUGCCCCACGGCCUGCCACUGCCCAUGUCUCCAGCAGGCGCCAAUGGUCUCGUCAUGCCCUCGCCGCAGCUCAACUCCACGCCCGCAUCUCCGUUCGCAACGGCACCUGGUCCGCCCGUCAUUGCACCUCGACCCAAUGGUGUGCCGACACCCAGUGUUGCAGCAACUCCAGCCUCCGGGCCCGUACCGUCCGCUUCCGCCCCCGCUACUGCGUCAGCCACGCCCUCGACCCCGGUGGGACCAGGACGGCCGCCCAAGGCCAAGGCGAAAGCCAAAGCGGCAGCUGCGACACCCGCCGCCAAAGCCCCAGGCACACCUGCUACACCAGGCACACCUACAACGCCCGGUGCUACGCCGGGACCUACGCCGCAUCGUGGUCGAGGUCGGCCACGCAAGCAUCCGCUGCCUGGCACGCCCGGCGGACCGCCCAUCGGCUCGAGCGUCCCGCGCAAGAAGAAAGAGAAGCCUGCCAAGCCGGCUGCCACACCGUCGGCUCCGACUACCCCUGGAACGGCCCCAGCAGCGUCAACGGCCAUGUCUCCGCCUGCCAUGACGGCUGGGCCGGGCGUCAACAUGCAAGUGCGACCACCACAGGGAUCACCAGUGCCGCCGACGAUGCCUGGUCCCGCACCCGGGUAUGCGGGCGAUGCAUUUGCAUCGACGCUGCCGCCAGCGCCCGGAUCUACGGGCGUGCGACCGUCGACCAUGCAUCCGACGCUGAUGAGCGCUACGAGCCUCAACACGCCGCGCGUACCGCCGUCGCCCUCGGCCACGACGGUCAAGCCGCCGAGCCCUGCACCCACCAAGACUCCACCGGCCAAGGCGAAUGGCACGCCACCGGCAGUGCGACCGCCCCCGCCGACGGCUGCGGCUUCUGCAGCGGCAGCUCCAGCCAAUGCAUCGAUUCCGAAUCAUCCGAUCCCAUUGCUCAUCCCCGUGGCGUCGCUUCCGCGACUAUCGGCGCUGGGUAUUCAGCCUUCGCCGAGCCCGCACAUUCGACCGGUGAUCGGGCCGAAUGGACAGCCACAGGGGCUGCAGGGGCUGCCUGUGCCCAUCGACCCCGCACAGAGCGUACCGGCCGUGCUGCUGGGGAUCAGCGAAAGCGCGGCCGAGGGUGGUGCAGACGGUGCGGGCGCGGGCAAGCAGCAGAUCUUGCAUAUUUCGGUGGUGCUCAGCAAGCUCAGCCCAUCCCAACUCAGCGGACUCGCUGUGCUCAUGCAGAGCCUCCAGGCGCAGGUAGAGGCGGGAAAACGAAACAAGGCGUCGACGUGCAGCACGAAUCUGUGCCAGUUUGGGCAGUGCAAGAUCGCGGCCAAAGGCGAUUGCUCCAGCACUGGCACAUCGGCGUGCCAGCUGCUGACGACGUGCUCUGCGUCCAAAAAGUGCCUUGUGCCCAACAGACUUCCAGCUCUCAACAACGAUGCCAGCACCUGUGCUUCCGGCUACUGUCGAAGCCCCGGUUGGCCGUUUGCCUCCCUCUGCCUGUGCUCCGAUGCGCCGCUGGGCACAUCGUGCGGCUCAACCACCGUCACGUGUGCCAAGGAUCUCUCUUGCGAUUCGGACUCCAAGACCUGCCUCAAGCCCAUUGGAGGAUCUUGUUCGAAGACCACCGACUGUGCGUCGAAGAACUGCGUGGACGGUAAAUGCGCGGUCAAGAAUCUCAACUUUGGAGACGCUUGCGGUGCUGGUGUGGCAGGUUCCUGCCUCGCCACCAUGACUUGCUCCGGCUCGGCAGGCGGAUCCACAUGCCUCAGGAUUAACGAUCAGAGCUGUGCGCAUGAUGAAGAGUGUGACAGCGCACUCUGCAGCAAAGGAAAGUGCACUGCAACCGGCCAGGGGUUGGUUCAGCUCGGAGAGCAUUGCCACAGUGCACCCGACUGCAAUGCUGCCGACUGUCUCGGCGGUCGAUGCUUGACCACCGUCGGCCUUCGACAACCGUGUGGCACGGAUCAGUUCGCAGUGUGCUACGGUCCAUUGACGUGCACCAGUCAAAGCACUGGCCCCAACGUCUGCCUCACCAGCAACAACCAGCAGUGCAGCAACGACGACUCGGUCUGCUCUUCGGGUCUUUGCGUCGACGCCGCAUGCAAAGCUCUCUCUUCAUUGGAUUGGAAUUGA